AUGUCUUCGAACACGGAGAAAGAGCUGACCGCCGCUGCACUCACGCAGCCGACCGCCACUCAGAUUGAGGAAGCUGUUCAAUUCGCUCCACUGAAUCCACAGCACCUCCAACAACAUGCGAGCGAUACCCCGAAGGUAACCAAUGGGGCCGCCACUCAACCCGAUGCAGAUGGUGAAGAGGUCGUCCCAAUUGCUAACGCAGACGAUACGGUGUCUGCCGCUCUUACAAACACCAAUAUGCGAGUUACCGCUCAAGCCGAGGGGUUAACUCAGAACGAUCUUUCGGACUCAGCUGAUUCCCUUGAUUCACUGCUUGUCAACACCAGCGAAAAAGCGGGUGAUACCCCGGCCAAGGCUAAGCGUGCCCAAAAGCAGCUUCUGACCCUCCUUGUCCAUCUCAUGUUCAUCAUCGGUUCUCUGCUUACCUUGCGCACGGGUCUUAACGGCAAUCGGCUCAUCCUCCAAGGACGACUACAUGUGGCCCAUUCCCGCCUGAGCAUUGAGACAAACCUCGCUGCGAAGGAGGCAUAUGUCCGGAAUAGGCUGGAUGCCCUUCUCCUCUCCAAUCUUCUGCGACACACAUUCGAGCCGUAUCCCAACUGCCUCGUCCGCGGUAUCAAUACAGCCAAUGCAUACUUCAUAAGCGUUGACAUUAGUGCGUAUCCUCAUGCCUGCCAUGAGGCUAUUAGAUGGACUGAGGGCCAGUGUGCGAAGCUUCAUUUCAUUCCCCAGGCUGCUGCCCUCCCCGCUAGUAAACUAAAGGGCUGGGCUAGGGUGAAGAAGGAGGUCGACAACUCGCUCCCAUGGAUGGCUUACCAGGUUGCCAACAUCAAAGAAUCGAUUGCCGCACGGGUUCGUUCACGGCUCGCUCUACUUAUGAAGUCACGGCGACGCAGAGACAAGAAUAUUAGCAGCAGCAAAGGCGAAUCAGCGGCGGAUAGUCGAUUUUAUAUGCCCCACCAUUUCAAACUUGUGGGCUGUGAUAGUCCACCGUGUCGACUUGUCUAUGAACCGCCAGCAAACCUCUCGUCUCUUACGCUUGCGUUGGACGAAACUCAACUUGACGCGAUGAAGCACCAGAUCAAGCAAUUAACAGCUACAAUCCUUAAGUGGUCUAAGGCUAUCGACACCACCAACACUUUUGUUUACUGCCUCGUCCCAGUUGGAUUUGUGUUCAUGAUCGCAAUAAUCAUCAUGAAUAAGACUAGGGGACCAGUAUUUACAUGUAGAAAAUAUCUAGUGCGACUCAAACCGUUCCUGAAUGAUGCCAUUAUGGGGUUGUUGGUGCAAUAUGUCCUCUUCGGGUUGCCCACGUACUUGGAACAACUGGGCCUUCUCCUUCCAACGGAGGCUUACACGAUCUUGAUCUUCACUGGCGCUUUGGGUAUAUUCCAGAGUGUACUCCCGAGUCUCCUCAUCGUGGUGCAAGGGGCCAAUGGUGUUGCAGUUGCAAAGGGCUACGUCCUGCAACCUCAUCAGCCAACCUCUAAAGCGACACAUUUCAAUUUUACCGGUCGACGGCGCGUUUCGCCACUUACGACUCUUGGGCAAGAUUUGGCGGAAGCCAUUGAAGAGACACGCAGGAUUAGGGCUACUUCCACCCAGGUCGACAUUGAUCAGACCGUGUUUGACGAUGUGGACCUCAACUCUGGAUCAGACGAGGAGGAUGCCGAAUACAUGGAUGCGGCGCCUUAUGUGGAGCCUGACAGCAACAAGUCGGGUUCCGAUUCUGACUGGUGUCGCAGAAUACAAUAUCCGCCAGCACAUCAGGACGAUAAGUGUUUCAAAGGCACUGUGCUGUCAUUCUCUGGUAUUUCAGCACAGAAGAUUAGAGCACCCCGACUAGCUUGCUUAGUCCAGGUAGAUGAUAGGUUGAAAGAAAUACUUAGUUUAUACAUUCGCCUACGACAUAUAUUAUGGGUAAUACAUCGAAAGGUACAUCACACCCUAUCUACCAAAGUAUUUCAUAACCAUGACGCAUGUGAAUACAUAACCGUGACACUAUACUACUUCAAACCUCAAUUCCUAACCUCCCUUCACAAACCCGCACAAACAGCCAUCUUCCCUCUCCCCGUCCCAACCCCCUCUCCUGAAUCCCCCCAUACGUGGCUGCUAACAAUCCUCAACCCCAUUUCCACGUUGUCCGCUGUUUUGGCCAUAAGGUCUCUGGCCUCCGACCUUCAGAUCAGUGAACCGGAGAGGAUAACUAACGGAACUUCAACCCGUUACCACAGUCGUCACCUGACUCCGUAUCCGGAAAUGCCAGGACGGCUGUCGUCGCAAGAGAGUUGUUCUCAAGAACCGCAAGAAGCGGACACAGACCCAGAAGAAGAAGAAGAAGAAGAAGAAGAAGAAGAAGAUAUCAAUACCGGCGAAUGCUUAUAUUACAACAAGCAGCUACUCUACAUAGAUGCGGGACCUGGUGGCAUAGAGCGGGGGUGGGAGUGGAAAGUAGAAUAUGGAUGUAGAGUGGGAGUAUGGAAGAUUGGGUGA